AUGUUGACAAGAUAUUUCAACCAAGACCCUAUAGAAAACUUUUUCGGGAAUAUCAGGAGUUAUGGUGUUAGAAACAUUGCUCCAAAUACUGUCUCAUUUGAGGGGACCUUCAAGGCUUUGAUAAUAAAUAAUUAUAGUGAGCCACAUUCAAGUAGAGCAAAUUGUGAAGAAGAUCACAAUGAGUGUCUUCAAAGUUUGGACUCCUUCCUUAAAGAUAAGAACAUAAUAACUCCUGAUAUCCCUGAUACUAAUGAUACUAUUCAUUUUAACAGUGAAAUUUGCUUUGACCAAUCCAUUGAAAUUGAUGCUGGUCAAAGCAAUUAUGUCUGCGGAUGGGUUUUAAAGAGAUUCCUUAAAUUUAUAAUAAAAAGGUUGUUAACAUUGCAAACAAACAUUGUU